CAUGUUUCGCAGUGAGCACAAGGUAGGUACCAGAGUCACGUCAACAGUCGAUUCGCCCCUGGCUACAGCAUAGACAAAGGACCCUCUGACCAUGACAAGGCACCGCCUCACCGAAGCCGACUGGCUCGGGAGUGAGUGUGGGGAAUAUCUGACUCAAAUUUCUAGAACAAAGGUGUCCCUGCGGGUACAUAAGGGCGCACACAUUCAGAUCGCACUUCGGACUGAAGCAUUCCACGCAUUCCUCAAAUGCCUCCUCCUCCUGGUGGGCCGGGUCCAAAUGUCCAACUUGUGCAAGCACCGAUGCCUCCGGCGGCAUUCAUAUUCCUCUUGCCCAUAGAUGAAUGGGGCAUUGCUUUCGAUUUGUCGACGAGGAUCAUGCAAGACCCACCCCCCGAUGGCUGGGGAGUCAAUCGUUCGACUAUUUAUGCAAGAAUUGCGAGAGAGCUUCGGCGACACGGCUAUUAUCAUGCCCAAUACUCAGUGUACAAUCGCCAGAACGUCAGCGGCCUUGGAGUUUACCUGGACAUGUGCGCAUUGCGCGCAAUCGAGCCAGCGGGCAUAUUCUCUACGGCGGUCAGGAGAUUACAGAUGUUUCACAUCGACCACCACACAAUGAUCGUCACGAAUGAAAUGCGGCUUGGUGGCAAUCUGGCUACUCAUCUCACGGGCACCACUCCGGCGAACCUUGUACCGAAUCAUGUCCCUUCAGCGCCACAUCCGUUGGACCCCAAUUGGUGUUGGUAGGCCUUGGUAGAAUUCCAGGUUACUCGGUUUACCGCGGUGACUCUGCGCCAACCCUCUUCGCCUCAUGCCCUUGGCACCUGUCACCCGUCUUGCCACUUGCGAUGCUAUCUCUCUUUCAUCCCUGGUUGAACUGCUUUCUAUAUGCUCUCGGUACUACACUUCUAAUGCUAUGUCGUCCAUAAUUGCUUUGAACUAUGUCGUCCACAAUUGCUUUGAACUAUGUCAUUAUAUCACCUCUCCAUCGGUCCGUAAUAGGAUAACAGUUCGACGGUA